CUCAGAUAUUGACGAAAACUCUGAGUCGUUACUGAACCAAGAGGACUAUAUCUACCAUGACAAUGUAUUUGCAAGCCUGUCAUUCCAAAAUAUGGUAAGUCUUCCUUCAAUGUCUCCUGAGUGGCCAUCUGAGGACCAAUGAUUCUGAUAUAAAAUUGUUUCAAGCUUGAGCCAUGGAGAUCGAUCUUUCCUGAUUGUUCGUAAAUAAAUCUCAGUAUAGCACUCCCAAGCAGUCUUUAGCAGUCCAGAUUUCUUCUAAGAUACUGGGAAUUUGCACCACUUUGGAUUUCAAAGUUUAAGGAAUAUUAAAGAAACUUCUAAUAUUAAGAUAAACUCUGGCAGCGCCACUCUUGCUAAUAAUGUUUCAACUAACUUGAUUGAAGAAGACAAAGAGCAAGAUGUUCAACAGUCUAUUUUGAACCUUCCGAGUGACAAAGAACAAAUUUUGUAUCAUUCUCAUAGGACUAGUCAAAGAAUACUGACUAAAGAGCAAAUGGAAAUAUCAGAACAUUCUCAGAGCAGCCCAAGCGACCCAGCUCUAGCUUACAUUUCGUAUCACCCUUCAAUGAUGAAAUCCAAAGGAGUCUUUAAACUGAGAGAUUCUCUGCGCCUUGUUCGGAAGUACUUGUUGUAUCAAUUUAAACAUCAAAACUCAGAAAUUGUAAGUAAAAGAUACUCCAACUGCUCAUGAGCCGAGAUCACCCAAAGUGUCACUGCCACUCUCAACAAGUUGUUGCCUCCAGAAAUUGUGACUGUUGACUUGGUCUAUUACACAAUUGGCAUCCUGAGUCUCAAAGACCUGCGCUACUUCAACUGCAGCUCCGAAGUCAAGCAGCAAGUUCGACUUUUCUUAGAUGCAGUCUGUAAAUUCUCAUUUGCAAAGUUCAAGCAAGUCAUGACUUCGAGAAGCGCCCAGGUGCUGUGAAGAUACUUGGUGUUGCACUCGGAUGAUCCCAGAGCAGUCAGACUCAAAGAGGCUUUAAACAUGGACUAA